AAAGGGGGCACAAGAGUAUGUGAAAAAGCAUAAGCUAAGAAUGCCUCAGAUCCUGGAUCACACAUUAAAAGAAGCCUAAUUUAAUCUUUCCUCAACUUUCUCCUACAAAAAAACCCCAAUUCUCUUCAACAAAUCAGUGUUCAAGAUCCAUCUCCCAUGCCUGAUGCAGACAACAACGCAUAUCCUUACAACAUGGGAUCACAACAAGGGUUUCACUUUUCCUUCUUAACCGAUCACAAUUCUCCCACACCUUUUAUGUACAACCACCCGAAGCAGCCUAUUCAAAACCCUGCUGAAAUCUUUGAUCUGAGCUUCUUUCAUGGAGGGUACAACACCCCAUCAGCACCCGCUUUUGACUCAUCAUCUGAAGCUGCGGCUGUUUUUGGUGAUAGCUCCUCUAACAAUAAUCUUGAUCUUGGAGAGACUAGCUCCAGCGCUGCAGCAGCUCAGAAUUCUUCCAUGGAGGCCGGAGUUGAAGAAGCAGAUUCUUGCAAAAGCAAGCAGCCGAAAGUGUGUGAAGGUGGAGAUUUGAAGCCUAAAAAAGUCAUCAAAGAGAAAAAGAAAGGGGAGAAAAAGGAAAGAGAAGCACGAUUUGCUUUUGUGACUAAAAGCGAGAUAGACAAUCUUGAAGAUGGAUAUAGAUGGAGAAAGUAUGGCCAGAAAGCUGUGAAGAAUAGCCCCUUUCCAAGGAGCUACUACAAGUGCACUAGCCAAAAGUGUGGUGUGAAGAAGCUUAUUGAGAGAUCAUAUGAAGACUCAUCAAUGGUGAUCACCACCUAUUUGGGGAGACACAACCACCACAGCCCCGCCACUCUCCGGGGCAGAGCCACCACGCUGCCGGCUCCCCUUCUGCUGUCGCAGCCGCAGCUCGGAUUCCAUGGCUUCCCUGACAACUACUUCACUGCUAUUAAUCACCAUCAUAAUUCAAAUUUUCCACAGCUCGAGAUCAAUUCCCAAUUUCUAGCUGAUCAAUUCAACAUGGAUUCAUCUUUUCUUCAACAGCCCUAGAUCAAUGGUUGUACGUAUUUUUCUUGCCUAAUUAAUUAAAUGUGUUGCUGGAUUUUAGACACUAUUUCAUAUUUAUUGAAGCAACUUUUUGUGUAUA